AUGCUAUUGCGACUGACGUUGCUGCUACUGACGUUCUUUACUACUUGUUCAUGGGCCAGACCUACAGACUGUGAGAUAAACGGCAUUCAGAUUGAUCACGGUCGUGUCAAGUACUUAUUGGGUCGACCUCAUCGUCCGAGUAGUAUUUACGCUCAAUGUUUGUAUGGGAGUGUAACCUGUUUCGAAGACCGCGGACUAGUGGAUGCCCCGUAUUGGAUUAAUAGCUACAAAGUCAAUUGCAUGCAAGCAUUAGAAAGACGAAGAUUGGGUGUGGCUAUUAUAUUAGAAGAAGAUUUUUGGCCGGACCAUAUUCUUUGGUAUCGUAUUAGUGGUUCCUUUUCCAAGUACGAACUUGAGAUCAUUGAUACGGCAAUGAAAGUCUAUAGUAAAAUAGAUGUCAAUGUGACACUACAAGAGUGUGAUCCAGUGUCCAAGUGUAAAGGCAAAUACGUUAGUAUUGAACAAAAUGAGGACGCCUGUUAUGGCAUGGUGGGGUACGUGAACGAUGGAAAACCACAGCUCAUGAACCUUGGUAAAACGUGCUUCGGUGGUGGACCAGGCAACAUUGUGCACGAGAUUGGUCACGCUCUGGGAUUGAUCCACGAGCACACGCAUCCGGAUAGAGAGGUUAUCGUGCUUACGGACCAGAAUUUGCCUGUAUCUCCUGAAAAUUAUGCCAAGACGACGAGUCGUAAAGCUCUUCUUAAGCCGUACGACUCGAAAUCUAUCAUGCACUAUGGUCGCACUGCUGGACUCUGUUUCCCCAAGGCACACUACCCGCUCAAAUCGUUCUGUGAUGUGGGGACUGCUAAAAAUUGCGUCCAACCGGUGGAGCAGCACUGUAAUUCAAGUCGGGACUCAGAGAUUGGAACUCGUGCGGUGCUCAGUGCUGGAGAUAUCUACACCCUCCGCUCUCUCUACGGCUAUAAGAAUAACACGUCGGUGCGCGACGUGAAGAUUCCGACCGUGGACUUAUCGACCGCUGAAAGUAUUGGAGUUUCGGAUUCCAUUUCUGACAUGAUGAACUCGUCGAAAUCGAGUGAAGAGCUAUCUUUAACAGAGCAAACUGUACAUGAUAAACCGAAAGCCGGUCAUAGCGAGGUAAGCAGUGCUGAUGGGUCACGUGCGAAGUUUUUAAAGUCGUGGGAAAACCUGGACAACACUCUGCAAGCUCAACAGUAG